AUGUCUUCCGCUGCACCCACCAUCAUCACCUUGUCGCCUGAAGACCUUGAGCAAGUUCGUGUCUGCAUCAAGUCUCGCGCCCUUCAGGAAAAGCUCUCUGCCAUCAAGAAUCCUCAUGGUGCCAUACUCAUGACCGCCGCUCCCAACCCUACCUCACGUCUCCUUUCCAUGUUCGAAGAUGAUGCAAAGGAGAAACUCUCCUCCUACCUCAAAGACCCUACUCAACCCUUCACCACACUCCAAUCCAUGCCCUUGACAAACCGCGAUCAACGCAGAGAAGCACACAACCUUAUCCGUCAAGUCUCAAACGACAAACUUGACUCUGGUCUCGACAACGAAACUUGUCGCAUCAAUGUCUUUGUCAGAAACAUCCCAUCGAAGCAGCAAGAGAAUCAACGUCCUCGUCAACAAAAGGCUCAGAAGAAGCGUACUCCUGCCAAAGCGGCUUCUAAUUCUAACGCCAAUGGCAUUCACAAAGCCACUCCACGCAACAAGCCAGCCGCCAGGAGUCUCGCAUCUCGCAUCACACCUUCAAAGCCGCUCACUACAGAGCAGAAGGCCAAGUUGGCUAAGCACAUGCAGUCAGCUGCUCAGGUCACAGCACAGAGAGAAGCUGCGGCUAAGCCUCAUCCUGUGAAGCCCUUCGAGUUCAAGAAAAUGGAUUGGUCGCAAGGAGAGAUAACUUACAAGUACAGGGCUGGGACGGAGAAGGAGCCUGAGCUGACCUCUGAGGAGAUUGAUGAGCAAGCAGAGCGCAAGAGGAAUGCAGUCCCACCUCACAGGCGUGGUGCUGCAUCUCAGGCAAGGGAGGAUGAGUAG